AUGGCAGACCCAGAGGCGGCCUUCACCGACCACUACUACGCCACCUUUGACACGGCGCGAGCCAACCUUGCGGGCCUGUACCAGGACCAGAGCAUGCUGACUUUUGAGGGCCAGAAGUUCCAGGGCACGCAGGCGAUCCUGGGCAAGCUGACCUCGCUGCCUUUCCAGCAGUGCAAGCACCACAUUACCUCGCUGGAUGCGCAGCCCAGCCUGAGCGGCGGCGUGCUUGUGUUUGUGACGGGGCAGCUGCUGCCGGAGGGCGAGACCAACCCGCUCAAGUUUAGCCAGACCUUCCACCUUGCGCCCGUGGGCGGCUCCUUUGUGGUGACCAAUGACCUGUUUAGGCUGAACUACGGAUGA